GAACGAAUUGGCUGGCUCCGCAGCCCUGUAGUCUUGAAGGGGGGAAAAAAAUAGCAGACUGCCGAGUGUGUCGGGUUGCAGAAAAUGGAGCACGUCUUUCCUUCUUCUCGCUCUUUGCCAAUUCCCCAUCUGUGCUCGAGAACUCUGCCCCCAAUAUCGCAGUUGACAUGACGUAUUGGUUACACCGCUACGGCAACAAACAGCAUGCGUGGCGCAAGAUACCCACUGUGGACCGCGUGGUGUAUGAGCGGCAGCUUGGCCUCGUCGAGGCAUCGUUUGAUAAUGACGGGGUGCACUAUGGAGGAAGAGCAGACCUGACGCAUAGUUUUGAGUUUGAGAUCAGGACGAGCCUGGCUCCGAACAAGCUGCGCGAGAGAAUUGUGCUAGCAUGGUCGGCCUUGAGGCUGAGCCAUCUGCUGAUGCUGUCAAAAGCUAGGGAUAGAACAUCUUCUGCCUCGGGCGGGAGCGGAGAUGGGGAAGAGCUUCAGCGAUGUUUUGUUGUAGAUUUGCCUACGGACGCAGCAGCUGCAAUAGAAGAAGCACGCGCUUCUCUCACCUCUCUUCUCGAACAAGAUGCGGCAAUCGACCCAGUCGAAUUCCGUACUCAUGCCCUGAACUCAGCCCGUAUCGUGGACCCGACCAGAUCGCUCUCUCAUCUCUUCAUCCUGCCGUCGAGACGGGUGGACGCGGAUCGGUAUCGGCUCUCUUUCAUGAUUGUUCUAGCACACAUGAUCGCGGAUGGCUUGUCCUUGCACAACUGGCUCGGCCACUUCAACGAGCUCCUCAAUACGCGCCCCGCCGAAUUGUACGAGCUGCUUGUCCAGAGCCUCCGAGAAGAAACGAUCCGGUCCAGACUCCCGCCGGCGCAGGAGGAUCUUUACCCGCCGAUUCCCGGUAGCAAGGCUCGUCAGCGCUGGUUCUGGGCCAUAAUACGAAUUCUACGACACGUCCGCAAGCCUCUGCCCGAAGGAUUCGUCAAUCCGCUCCGUCGCGCCAACAGAGUAACGCUUGCUCUUGAACCCAAGUUCUCGGACGUGCUGGACUAUUCCGCUGAGAAGCUUCCGCCCCUGAAUUCCGGCUGUUGCACUCCCGCUAUGUCUCUGUCAGCGUCCCGACGGUUGGCUGGCCUAUGUCGCUCUGCAGGGACUUCCAUCGGUGCCGGUGUCUUCGCGCUUGUCGCGCUCGUUAUGAUGGACAUUGAAGUACAGCGCAAUCCAGACACCCCUCUGGAGAAGCGAAAGCCCUUCAUCGCCUCCUUCCCCUUGAAUCCACGCCCCUUCUUCGGAUAUGCAGGCAAACAUGACUCAUGUAUGCUCGCUUUCAGCGACGGCAUAGUUAUUCCUUUCUUGCCCCCCGAUCUGCCCCUGGAGGGACGUUUGAAGCUGUUGGCUAAAGCGGCGCAUCGUCAGUUGAGAGCGUACCAAAAGCGGAAGGAGGGCUUGGGCAACAGCCACAGCCCAAUGCGAAUGCUGGCCACGAACUACAUCACCGCCGUUGAGCGAGCUGAAGAUAAAUUGCCCGUCCAGUAUAAGCGAGGCGUCAAUCCGCAAGGCAACUACCCAGCGAACUCUGCGUGGUCCGCUGCAACGUGCGGCGUGUCUUCAGUAGGCUUAGUCAAGGAGUGCACGCCGGGUAGGUAUAAUCUCGAUUUGCCUUUGGGGAGCCCUACCAGCGGGGAGAGGGAUUUGAUCGUUGAUUUCAGGGAGCUGAGAGGAGGGGUUAGGGCGAGGGACAAUGAGUUUUUGUGUGGGAAUAGCAGCGAUCAGGAAGGGAGGCUGUCCUAUGCUGUGAGCUAUGAUGCCAGCGCCAUGGAUGAGCAAUUGGUUGAGCUAUGGAAGAGAAAGAUGGAGUCGGUGUUGGAGCCUGAUAGUAGUGAGAGCAGUAAACUGUGAAAGGCGGUUGUCGAGGAACAAGAAUUAAAAGAGUCCAACGUAAAUUUCUUUGGCAUCCUCCGCAAUGAAGUGAGAUGAAGCUGGGCUCAACUGUUGUCCACCAGUGGUAAGGAAUUACAGUGAAGCACAGCUGAAGUUACCGCUACUGUGUGUAUGGACGACCUAGUAACCCUAGCAGUGCUCAAUGCAAAUUUUACAUCCC